AUGUCGUGCGUCCAUUAUAAGUUCUCCUCCCAGCUGAACUAUGCCACGGUCACCUUCAACGGCCUCCACAUCUCCCUGUGCGACCUCAAGCGCCAGAUCAUGGGCCGCGAGAAGCUGAAGGCGGCCAACUGCGACCUGCAGAUCACCAACGCCCAGAGCAAAGAAGAAUACACCGAUGAUCGGGCCCUGAUUCCUAAGAACUCCUCAGUAAUUGUUAGAAGAAUCCCUGCGGGAGGAGUUAAAGCUACCAGCAAAACCUGUGUUCUAAGUCGAACUGCGCCAGUGAGCGGAACACCAAAAGCAAUUGAUGACCCUUCUGCACCUCUUUCGCUGGCCCAGCUUAUUAAGGUACAUACAUAUUCUCUUCAAACAACAUUUGCUUCGUACUUUUAG